CAUCCAGUAGCUAUAGUCUCUUCAAGUUGUCUGUAUCGAUAAUUAAAUAAUUACCAAAUUUGUUAAUAAUGUAUGGUGAUGAAUACAAUGUGUGAUAAUUAAAGUAGAAAUUAUUAGAUAAAAAUAAGAAAAAUGGACGAAGACGUAGUCAACCAUGACGCCGACAAACCAAAAAUAAUCAUCUCAUCAGAAACUACCAAAUCCAAAAGACGACGUUUACGGGUUGGUGAUCCAGAUUUCGUACCCCCAGAUGGAGGCUGGGGUUGGUUAAUCGUGUUCGCUUGUGGAUUUAGUAAUCUCAGCAUCUUUCCAAUGUUCCAACAAUUUGGCCUAGUAUUCCGUUCCCGUUUCGAAGAACUUCACAUCUCCUCGGCCCAAACUACCUCGGUGAUAAACAUGAACUCUGCCUUCAAUGCUGGCAUGGGGCUACUCAAUGGACCAUUGUACCGCAAAUUCACUUACAGACAAGUUGCCAUGUGCGGUUCACUUUUAGUUGCCGUAUCUUUGUUUCUAUGUCAGUAUUGUGACAGUUUUUGGGGCUACAUGAUUCUUUACUCUGCCUGUUACGGAGCCGGUAUUGGAACAACCCAAUCGUCCAACUCACUAGCUCUAAAUACGUACUUUAAAGACAAGCGACGUGUGGCUACAGGGUUUUCAUGGACAACUACCGCUUUAGGGCCGAUAGUGUGGCCUUACAUUAUCGUUUUAUUCAAUUCGGUUUACGGUAUCAAAGGGACGAUAUUGUUGUUUGCCGGAUUUGCCCUACACGCCUUUGUUUGUUCGUUGUUGCUACAACCAGUAGAAUGGCAUACGAAGUUUAGAGAUUCCAAUCCAGAAUCAUCUGCUCUCCUAGAAAAUGGCCAACCCGAAACUAAAGCCAAAGCCGAAUGGGUUAAGCUACGUAAGCGCGGCUUAUUUUCCAGCCAGUACUUACACAACGAAGACGAUCCAAUUCAUACCGGCUACGAAAUCACCGACCCCGGAACCCCGAUGAUGGUCAAGUACAAUGACGGUUGGUACUCGCGCUCGCAAAUGGGUUCCCGUUUGUCGCUGAACUCCAACAAAAGCAAAAGUUCUAAGCCGGGUUCUAAGCCGAUUUCCUCGAAACCCUCUACGACUAAUUUGCCGGAAUUUGGACGAGGAGAUGAGACAACGUCGCAAAAGAAACGAAGAAUUUCAUCAAUCAAUAAACCUGCUAUAGUCGAAGAAAUCGAGCCUCAUGAAGAAAAUUUGAGUUUGCCCAAAGAAAACAAGGUGCUUCAAGAAGCUGCAAAUAUUUUAAGAGAGUACAAACAAGUGCAAAAGAAAGAAGGCGAAAUUUCAAAAAUAAUUCACGAAGAAGUGCCAAACAACAACAAAAAAUUAACAAUAUGCGAAAAGAUUUCGAUUUUUUUCGGAUUCGAACUGUUCAAAGACCCAGUCUACGUUAAUCUGAUGCUGGGCAUUACAGUUGCCAACUUUGCCGAACUAAAUUUUUCCAUCCUCACGCCGAUGGUACUCAAAGAGUUCAAUUUUGGCGAAUACGAAACUGCUUCGUUUAUGUCCUUGUUGGCCGCCACCGACAUCGUAGUCCGAUUUUUCAUACCGUUUAUCGCCGACAAGAUUGGUUGGGACAAUAAGACCUUCUUUUUAAUUGGAGUACUUGCUAUGGCAUUCGGAAGAAUCGUUUUAGUCCAUACGCAAACUUACAUCUGGAGUCUAGUUGUGGCAGUUAUAAUUGGAGCAGGUAAAGGAUUAAGGACAAUCUUCAUUGCUCUGGUCAUUCCUUCUUACGUGCCAUUGGAAAAGUUACCAGCUGCUUCUGGAUUGCAAUUGGCCACCAGCGGAAUUUUAUUCAUCAUACUUGGACCAGUUGUAGGUUGGGUACGAGACGCAGUCAAUAAUUACGUCGUCACGUUGCACCUGCUCAAUAUUUGUACUUAUUUUACUGCGGUUGCCUGGAUUGUUGAGGAACUGGUUUCGAAACGACGAAAGAAUAACGAGGAGAAAACGAAGAAGUCGUUUAAAAUGACGAAUUUAUAAGUUUUUGAGAGACGAUGAUUUUUUGUAUCAUUAAAAAAUGUUAUUUUUGUGUUUUUUUUUCUAA